AUGUAAAUUGAUUCAGAGAGAUGCAGUACUUGAGCAAGAAAGUUCGUUUGUUGUUGACGGUGGGCUUAGUACUUAUGGCCAUGGUUGCUCAAUCUACCUCGGCUGCACGCCAAGUUGUACUGCAACAGCUAGGAACCCAAUUGCGAAGGCAAAGGCCAGCUUUGCCGACGUUUUCCAGACUCGUGCUGUAGCGGAAG